GUCCCGCUGAGAUGCGGAUGACCUGCAGAAGCAGAAAUCUGCUCUCAUCCCUGAAGUCAACACCGCAGCGCGAUGGCCACGGCAGUGGAUGCGAAUUUAUAAAUAUUGUUGAAUUUAUUAAACUACCUCACAGUGCGUGUGAUUUGCGUCUCCCGCAGCUGUGAAAACAGUCCAGGUGGUCUCCGCUGCGUUAGGACGACUCGCCUGCUCCCACCAACUGUGACCCGGGCAUCAGGAAGAAGUUAAGCUACCAGGCUGUAUGGCUGAGCCGGAGCUGCUGCUCGACUCCAACAUCCGACUUUGGGUGGUGUUACCCAUCGUCUUCAUCACCUUUCUCGUCGGGGUGAUUCGGCAUUAUGUAUCCAUUCUUCUUCAAAGUGACAAGAAGUUGACGUUAGAGCAGGUUUCUGACAGCCAGGUUCUUAUUCGGAGCAGGAUCCUCAGAGAAAAUGGAAAAUACAUUCCCAAACAGUCUUUUUUGAUGAGGAAGUUCUACUUCAAUAAUCAAGAAGAUGGAUUUUUUAAGAAGACCAAAAGAAAGGUUGUUCCACCUUCUCCAAUGACAGAUCCCAGCAUGCUGACAGACAUGAUGAAAGGAAAUGUCACCAAUGUGCUUCCCAUGAUCCUCAUCGGAGGCUGGAUCAACUGGACCUUUUCAGGAUUUGUAACAACUAAGGUUCCCUUCCCUCUCACACUACGCUUCAAGCCCAUGCUGCAGCAAGGAAUAGAGCUGCUUUCACUGGAUGCUUCCUGGGUGAGCUCAGCCUCAUGGUAUUUCCUGAACGUGUUUGGACUACGAAGCAUGUACUCGUUAAUUCUAGGACAAGAUAAUGGUGCAGACCAGUCGAGGAUCAUGCAGGAGCAGAUGAGCGGUGCCGCCAUGGCCAUGCCUGCAGAUACAAAUAAAGCUUUCAAGGCUGAGUGGGAGGCGCUGGAACUGACCGAUCACCAGUGGGCACUGGAGAGUGUAGAGGAGGAUCUGAUGAGCAGAGAGCUGGACUUUGAUGGCAUGUUUAGCAAGGAGCUGCCGAGUGGCAUCUUCUGAUGGCCUGCUCACUUAUACUUGGAGCCUUCAAUUUGAAUUUUGACCAUUGCAGGGAUUUGUUUUUUGGUUAAAGCCACAGAGAUGGGACAAAUCCCUUCAUGUUAUGCAAAGUUUACAUUCACUUAUGUGUGGUCCUUGUCUUUUCACAUGUAUUUACCUUUCCAUUACUGUCCAUAGAAUAUCUGAAAUGACUUACACUGGUUUUGCUGCUGUAUCAUGCAUAUUUGAAAGCAUUGCUUUAUUUCACCUUUUGAGACAAUGAUGUUUGGGAGAAACGAAGUAGCUUUUUGCUUAUUGGAGUGCAUCAUUAGCUUGCAGCUGUAGUUAUGCCAUCGUAAAGCCAUUAGGUGAUAGAAUGUGAACUACCUAGUGCUUAUUUUUUCUUAUGUCAUGCAUAACACAAUUUUCAUAUGCUUCAUGUUCAAACACUAGGACACACCCAUUUUCCAUUUUUGAAUGAUGUUUAUUUAAUAAUAACAAUCUUUAAUGACUCCUUUUGUUACUGCAUAGAUAGAUCAGCUGUUCUCCGUCAGCUGCCGCAAUUUGGAAGUACUUAGACCCAGAACUGAUUAGUUGUUGGCUGAGAAUGUUUGUGUGAUUGAAAUAUUGUGUUUUUUUUGAGGUAUGUAGAUGGUUUAUUUUGUAAUGUAACUCCCCUGUGUUUUGUACAGAAUAAAGCCUGUUUUGACAAGA